AUGGAAGGUCCGGCGGUAUUGUCACUACCACCCCACGGCGCACAAAAACCCGCGCAAACGAGUCCUCAGCCCCAACCACACGGCAAACCAAAUCAGGAAUUACAGGUUGGUACGGUGUCACUUUAUGGUAUACAUAUUGUAUCAUUGGUAAUCGAAGGACAAGAGAGAUUAUGCUUGGCACAAAUAAGUAAUACACUGUUGAAGCAAUUUAGCUACAAUGAAAUUCAUAAUAGACGUGUUGCAUUGGGUAUAACAUGUGUUCAAUGUACACCAGUACAACUUGAAAUAUUAAGAAGAGCCGGUGCAAUGCCACCGUCAUCAAGACGUUGUGGUAUGAUUACACGAAGAGAAGCUGAAAGACUAUGUAAAAGUUUUUUGAGUGAUAAUGCACCACCUAGACUUCCUGAUGAUUUUGCAUUUACUGUACAUCACGAGUGUGCAUGGGGUUGUCGUGGUGCAUUUUUACCAUCACGUUAUAAUAGUUCACGAGCAAAAUGUAUAAAAUGUACAUACUGUGGUUUAUUUUUUUCACCAAAUAAAUUUAUAUUUCAUUCACAUCGAACUGGUCCCGGUGAUAAAUAUGUACAACCAGAUGCAGCAAAUUUUAAUUCAUGGAGACGUCAUAUGAAAUUAUCUGGUACACCACCAGAUGAUGUUGUACAUGCAUGGGAAGAUGUUAAAGCAAUGUUUAAUGGUGGUACACGUAAACGUUUAUUAUCAAGUCCUGGUACAAGUCGUCCAUCAAGUGCACCAAAACAACCAAGAUUAUCACCAACAACAUCAAUACCACCAGUUAUUAAUAAUACAAUACAACCAUCAUCAACAACACAUACAGUACAUCCAAGAGUACCACCAUUUCCUGAAUUACCAUUACCAAUAUCAAGAAGUCUUGUUAUGGAUUAUGUUUGGCAUCAACAUCAACAAGCAGCAGCUGCUGUUGCUGCUGCUAAAACACCAGGUUUUCCAUUCUCAUCAUAUGCAUUACCAUGGUUAACAAAAAGAAGUCCAGUAUUAUUUCCAGGACAUUUAUCAUCACAAAUUGGUGCAUCAGGUGGUAAUGAAGCUAUAUUACCACCAGUUGCAGCAUCACCAAUUCAUCAAUCAGCAUUUCGUCCAGUUAUACGUUCAUCAUCAUCAUCAAUUAUUGAACAAAUUAAUAAUGAUGAACAACCAGAAAUAACUGUUGAUAAUGAUGAAGAUACUGAUGAUGAAGUUGAUAUUGAAACAACUGAAGAUGAUGAAAUUAUAAAAAGCUCAACAAUUGUCAGCCAAAUAACAGUUAAUCAAUCAACUCAAAAUAAUCGUGAUUCACCAGAAUGUUGGAGUCCACCACGUGAAUCAGAAAGAGAAGCUGAAAAAAUUGCUGAAGAAUCAACAAAUCAUCGUGAUAUUAAACCAGAAAUUAAAUCAACUAAAUGUCCAUCAGAAACAUGGCAUGGAAAUGCAUUUUAUCGUCACUUAAAUAUUCUCAAAGAAGGUUUUGAUGGAUCCAAAAUAACGCUGCUCAGAGAUUGUAGUAUGCGCUAAUAUACAGGAAGAGAAACAUUUGAUUGAGCAACUUCAUCAGAUUACCCAGCAUGUAGACCGAGAGUUGUAUUUUAAAAUACC